UAAAAGUGGCCGUUCUUCAAAAAAUGGAACAGUAAAUAAGUGUGUAGAUAUGGGUCGCCUGUUGAAAUUGUUUUGUUCAACAGCGCUAAUUGAAAAACGGGUACAUAUUGUGCGAUCAAUCGUACACUGUUUGUUUCCCAUUGCUGUGACAAUUUGUGUAAUAAACAUACCACAAAGCAUCGUUACGUUCAACUCAACAGAAAAUGAUGGAGAUAAUGUUAUUAUUCAGGAUGAUUUGGCUGAUUACUUCCCCGGUGAGCUGGUCAACAAAAUAUACUACGCCCCUCGAACCGAGUUGACCGAAACUCUCAUGGAAACCGUGCGGCAAAAGCUGUAUAUUGUAGACGAACGAGUGUUACCUUGUGCCACUGAUACUGAGAUGGAAUUUGCAUUGUUGGACAACCCGUACAUAUGUUUUGGAGUGAACUUCCAAAACAUAUCUGAAAAACGAUUGCAGUUCGUUAUACGUACGAAAAACAAUAACUUUCUCACGGAUAUCGUUUACUCGCAGGACGUAUUUUCGGUUUAUCAAAAACGCGACAACGAGUAUGUUGAGAGUGGCUUUCUAGCGCUCCAGAAUGCUAUCGACCAGUCGUACGUGUCGAUGCUGGCCAAGCAAAAUAAGAACAAUGACGUACCACGACUGCAGGUGGCUUAUGGGCACAUUCCCGUAGACAAUAAAAGGGGACCCCAGACGCCGGCACCAUCGAUUCAUCUCAUGACAGCCUUAGCUCUAGCAUUCUCAAUAAUGGCCACAUUCGCUUUGCUUCUUCCCAUGGUUGAAGAGCGCGCCAACGGUACGAGAGAGCAUUUGAAAAUCGCUUGUUCAGAAAGCUACUGGAAGGAAGCAGCACAGCUUGUUAUAAACUUCCCUCAGUGUUUUGUGAUUUUUUGGAUAUGCAUUGCAAUAGCCGCUGGAAACGGUUUUUGGGACGUGACUGCAGCACAAUGGGGGUACCUUAUAAUAUUCAGCAUUUUCACUAUGGUGAAUCUGAUUACCUUCACCUUCUUCCUCAGCACUACCCUAGAAUCAUCAACCGUGGCAACGGCAGUGGCGCCAAUCAUAUUUUUUGGACCAUAUUUUCUGUCAAUGUUGUCCAAAGAACUAGUUUCACUAUUUUGCCUGUUUCCCGUAGUCGGUUUAUGCUACGUAGGACUUAUAUUUGAUGUUUUUAAAUCAUCUGGCCAUUUGGUUCGAGCUAGUAAUCUAUUCACCGUGGGAUAUCCCGGGCUGGAUAAUAUAAGUUUGUUUCUUGUGUUGGUUUAUCAGCUGUUAGGAUUAAUACUUUGGCUGUUUCUAUGGUUCUACGUUUCGAAUGUGUGGCCCGGGCGGUAUGGCACUCCAAAGUCCAAAGGGUUUUUCCUUUCGAAAAGCUACUGGAUGUGUUGUAAUGAUGGGGUAAGAAAUACAAACAAAAUUAACGCAGAAAGCGAAAAAAAUUUGCAACGUAGCAAUUCAAGUCACAGCAAUGAGGUGGGCAACGAUGUUGAAAUGAGUCGUAUACCAUAUAUGGAUGAGGAACCUAACCAGAAUACAAUAGAAGAAUAUCGACUGCCCACCGAAGAAUCACCUACCACUGCAGAAGUGAAGAAUGUCCUAAGGAUUUCUAAUCUGAACAAAACCUACAAAGGUCGCACGGGAGGUGUCAAGGUAGCGGUUAGAGAUUUUUCACUCAAUUUGUAUAGCCGUAGUCUUACCGUACUCCUCGGACAUAACGGGGCAGGCAAGACCACGACGAUGAACAUCAUCACCGGACUAUUGCCAGCCACUUCUGGAACGAUCGCAGUGGAUGGAGAACAUAAUCCUAAUCGAUACCGUCAGAGAAUAGGCUUUUGUCCACAGCACAAUGUGCUGUUUUCGUUUCUAAACUGCCGGCAACAUUUAGAGUUUUUCGGUCGUUUGAGAGGUUUGAAUGAAGCCGAAGCACAGAAACAAGUACGGAACGUGCUGGAAAAAGUAAAUCUACUCGAUAAGAGUGAAUCGUUAGUACAUACGCUGUCCGGGGGCAUGAAGCGUCGGCUUUGUCUGGCAAAUGCUAUCAUAGGCAACACGAAGCUGCUUAUUUUGGAUGAGCCGACAUCCGGUUUGGAUCCCGAAUCGCGUCGUGACAUAUGGGACGCUUUGUUGAAAUUGCGCCAAGAUCAUACGAUUUUACUGACGACGCAUUUCAUGGAGGAAGCAGAUGUUCUGGCGGACUGGGUAGCGAUUAUGGAGCAUGGCACAUUGUUGGCUUCUGGAUCACCAUUGUAUUUAAAACGGGAGUACGGAAAAGGUUACACGUUAAAAGUAUGCAAGGGGAAGCAUUUUGACCAAGACAAAACCUGGAACGUGAUCCUAAACCACGUUCCAAACGCUGUCGCUCGUGAUUCGGUUCAAGAAAUAUUAGCCGUUACGUUGCCAUACGACGAUGUGGCCCAAUAUGCAGCUAUGCUGAAAGACCUAGAGGAGGAUAAGGCUAGUUUAGGCAUCGAAACGAUCGGCAUGGCCGAUGCAACACUCGAGGAAGUAUUCCUAAAUUCCUGCACCGUCAAAAAGGAAUUGCAACAUCACCAAGAAAGUGUCGAUGGUCCAAUGACGAGUGCAAGAAGCGAGAUAGAUCCAACGAAAGCUGAAACUUCGAGUGAAACCGGAAACACGAUCAAUGUUUACAGAGCGAUUUGGCGCAAAAAGUGGAUUCACAUGAAAAGAAACAUGCACAUUUACGCAUUCUUGCUAGCGCUACCACUGUUGGUGACACCAUGCUGUUUUUGGUUCACAUCCAGUACCAUCGAUGCUGCAAAAACCCUUCCAGCAGUAACGUUAGAUGCAGAGGCGAUCCACCAGGCGCGUGGAGUGUUUGUCGUCAAUCGCGCAGCUGAUAGCACUGGAAACCGCGCAUUCGGGAAGCUCGCAACUAUUCAAUCGGACUUUGAACGGUCCUCGAUUAAUGGCGUAAGGAUGGUGGUGAUGGAAAAUGUUUCCUUACAAGAUAUGUUACAGCAACAAAUCGCAGUCGACUACACAGAUUACCGCGAUCAGGUGGUGGUAGGAAUUGAAUGUAACGAUACCAGCGAUGACGUAGAAUGCCGGGUGCUGUACAACAAUAACCUCGUGCACAGCACAGGAAUUUCGGAAUCUGUUUUUACAACAUUAUGUCUGCGGUUCUAUGCCGACGUACCUGGUGCAACAGUCCAUACGGGCAAUAUUCCUUCAACGCGAAAACAGCUAAUAGACAUCAAGACGCCCUUCUACUUCACAGAGCUAAUCGCGAUAGCGUUCUUCAUCUAUAUGCUGAUAUAUCUGCUAAUGCCUUUGCAAGAAAAUUUGUCCGGCUUUCGGCAGCUUCAAAACAUAAAACGAAAGGUGUAUUUAAGCGGGACUUAUCUUUUUGACAUGGGUCUACAUACGCUAGUAUGUAUGGUAGUCAUCUUGCUCGUGAAUUUAAUGGAUCAUACAGAGGUGUUUGACAACAUGUCCAAGUUUGGUAUAUUUAGAGCCCUCUUAUUCUACGGCUACCGUGCGCUCAUAGUGAUUUACAUCAUCAGUAAGAGUGUGGAGAGCACCAACACUGCGAUCACAAUCAUGAGUUAUCUUAUGAUUGUCGGAGGUGCUGGUGUCUUGAUUUUCUGUAAUGGAUACGAAGAUAUCGAGAACAAUAUAAUCUGGAUUGCAAUAUUACAUCUCGUCCCCGAGUUUGCGCUGAAAUACUCGAUGCGUGUAGUGUAUGAAAAUCAAAAGGUUUUAACCUAUCAAAAAAUAGCUAUUCAGCAAAACAGGGAUAGUGCUGAUUCGGUCGCAAAUAAGUUGAUAUGUCUAGAAAGACUUUCAUUCGUAAUAAUUGUAUUAAUUGAACUGGUAGUGCUAACAUACCUCCUUUGUGAAGUAAUGGAAAACAAUUACAGAAGAGAACAGAUGAAAACAAGUAAAGAAUCAGCCAGAGAAAACAUCUGCAAAGCAUGCCGAAACAUUAGCCGUUCGACAUCGCGAGAAGAUGAACAAUCACGGAUCAACCGCCAUCCAGAAGUAGGUGGACGCGACGAAACCGACAGUCCAACAACACCCUCCACCGAUGACGUGGAUAAUGAAAUGCAAUUGGUAAACAAAUUGAUAAACACAAAGGAAAACAUUGAGCAGUACGCGAUCAUAGUGAAAGAUAUGAAGAGAUUGUACUCCCACCAUGAGGCAGUGAAAAGUGUCAGCUUUGCAGUGAAGAAGGGUGAAUGCUUCGGAUUACUCGGGAUGAACGGGGCCGGAAAGACGACUGUCUUCCAAAUGCUUUCACGCAAUCUACCAGCAUCUGAAGGGAAAAUUUUUCUGCAGGAUUGCGAGGCUGGUGAGGCGAACGCACUGAAAUAUCGUCACCAAUAUGGUUAUUGUCCGCAAUUCGAUGCUCUGCUCGAUUUUAUGACGGUGUUUGAAUUGAUCGAUUACUUUGCACAGCUUAAAGGAGUCAAGGCGCGCGUGGUUCUUAUAGAAAGCUGGCUGGUGCGGUUGGACAUCUUGCAGUACAAGGACCAUACAUUGAACGAGUGUUCGGGCGGCACCAAACGCAAGGUAAACACGAUACUGGCUCUGCUCGGAGGCCCACCGGUGGUACUGUUAGACGAACCCACCACCGGCGUUGAUCCAAAAUCGCGACAUUUCCUGUGGAAAACGAUCAAAACUAUUCAGCGCAAAAAUCAAACAAUAAUGCUAACGUCACACAGCAUGGAUGAAUGCGAGGAGCUUUGCAAUCGGCUCACUAUAAUGGUUGAUGGGCGUCUUCAAUGUGUCGGUACCAUUCCAGACUUAAAGCAACGGCUUGGGCAAGGCUAUAACUUAUGGAUAAAGCUGAAGAUCGUCUUAAGCGAUGCUAGCAAUGCAGAGACCGUCUCUAAUCCUAAACCCUUGAUUGAAGCGGUGAUAGAGGGUUGUAAAGCCUCACUGCAGGAAAAACAUCAGGGUUUGCUGAAAUUCAACGUAAGUCCAUCUCUCGAAUUAUCUGAACUGUUUCGUCAAGUCAUCGAGCUUGAAAAGAAACAUACACGAGAAAUCGAAAAUUAUUCGAUUUAUGAAUGUUCUUUGGAAGAGGUUUUUCUUCAUUUUCGACAAAGGAAAAAAAACACACACUUGCAAAUUGUGUAAUGAGUUUUAAAACAAUAGUUACAUCAGUUACCCGCUACAUUCGAAUAGCGUGUCCCUUACUUCGGGUCGUGAGCCGCCUGCUUUGAAUUGCGAACUGUUACCAUCGUAUACGGGCCACUGCGUACGUAUCAAAUGCAGUCUCCAUCGAAACGUAUCCCUCUACCAAAAUCCAUUAUAUUCGAUAGCUCUUGAUUACGGUAGAAUAUGCUAUCAAUAAAAAUUCAAUGGUAACCGCAAACGUUUCGACGGUAUCGGUAGGUCUGUGAUUCGUGCGUAUUGGCACGCAUACGAUGGUAAUGGUUCGUGAUUCAAAGCAGGCGGCACGCGUUUCGAAUGUAGCUAGGAAAAGGUGUGUUCACCUAAGAGCCACAAUUAGUACAGCACAGAGAUUUCUUCAACAGGAAUAAUAUUUACAACGCGCCCAUCCGAAUUCCAAAAUUGUUUAACUUCGAUCAGCAAAUGCAGGGUAAUAACCAAAGAUUAUUUAUAAUUUAACCUCAUAUGCUUCAGAAUAAUUUACAUCCAACACGAUUUAUUAAACGAGUGCGUUAUACAAAUUAAAGUUUUCUGUUUCUCGAAAAAUAAGUCAUCGAACUAUAUGCUUAUGGUUAAAAUCCCGUAUAAUUAACGAUAUUUACAGAGACAAUCAAGUGAUUGCCUCGCUUUCUGGGGAGCAAACUAUUGCUUAACCUCCAGUAUUGUGUUAUCGCACUCCAGCUUCAGUGACACAUUUUGGAAUGAAUAAAAUAUUUAAUAUAUUUAA